AUGUCGUAUUUCAUUGUUCCAGCAGUGCUGUACCAGACUCAACAGAAACUAAAACAGUCCAAAGAUGCCAAAAAGAAGAAGUCAGGAUCUUCAUCGUCAUCCUCUUCGUCAAGCUCAGAUAAAAAGCAUAGACAUCAUAGGCAACAUAGAGCUGGUAGUAUUGGAAGUGGGUCUCCAGCCACGACACCAGGCUCUACAUCAUCCUCUACACCAGUCUCUGAAACUGGACCCGGGUUCCUAUCCCACUCGGUUCGCUCUCGUUCAACUGAAAAUUAUGAUGGUCAAUCGCUCCACUCAGGGUUGCAUCUCACACGUAUAAAGGAGACGGCAGACGUAUCGGAAACUCAUUCAAUGAACACAAAUAAUACAUCUGUUACGGAUCUCGAGACGUUACACAACGAUGCUGAAAGUGAUAACUAUUCAUUUAAGUAUCACUCGGACCUGAUCUCUCUGCAUCCGGUGUCACAACCAGAUGGAAAUCUGAAAUUGAUUUCACCACCAUAUGUCAGUGCUGUUGGAGUUCCCAUUUUCAAUGUCAUAACAGAUCUUUCAGUUUUGAACCACGAGGGUUAUGGAUCCUACUUUUAUGCUCCUUCAUAUCAGACCCUCAUAUACGAACAUUAUCUUAGCUUUAUGUCAGAUGUGAGACCUUCCGAUCCUAUUACAUUUGCUGGUAUCCGUUUGCAAAAUAUAUGUAAUGCUAUUGAAAGAUUGGCCCAAAGUAACAGUAACCAACUUAAAGAAGAUCUGGCUUGUGUCAUACCCAACAACAAGAAUGAAAUAGCUAAGAAUUUUGCAGAAGAUCAAUUAGCUGACAACAAUGACGAUGACGAAGAAGGGGAAGACACUAAAAGUAAUCGAAGUUUACCAGAAUCGAAUACAAAUCUGUGUAUGGAUCAAAUAUCUCCUUCUCCAUCAAUUACCAAAGCGCAAAAUAAAACUGUGGAUCUCGGCCGGUCCGGGCCCACAACAUUCUUGGGAAGAGCGACAGCCCAAAUACAAGGUUCAAGAUUACAAGCACCUUCGAUCGACAUGCGAUACCAUCUUCGGGAACAAGACGUUAUUAAGGAAUUUGAUACCAUCCGUGUGGGGAUCGAAGUUCAAGACCCUGAACUUCGUAUGGAGCUUGACAAAUUGACGUUUAAGCUCCUUCAGAUGAAGCAAUUUAUACGAACAUAUAUCUGCAAUUUAUUUUGUGAGAACACUUUUCCAAGUGAAGGAUGUCUUGUGGCCAAUUUUGUCAAUUACAUACGCUAUUUGCUUUACUUGCCUGUUCUCGAAGUAGAGCAAUAUAAGCAAUUGAAUGAAGUGGAACUAGCACAUUAUGCUAAUCGGCGAAUCCUCAGUUCAUUUGUAGGGAAUACGAAGUUGAGAGGUAAGCUGCAAGGUAUACCAUUAACAGAAGACUUCAUAGACUUUUCACCUUCCAACACCAAUACGUCAACAUGCAACUUCGAAAAUAUUCUAGAAUCACCAGAGAACAUGGAAUAUCUACUUCAUGCAGUGAAGAGAUCAGCGAAUGAUUUUGUCAAACUUGAGACUUACCACUUAUCGCUUCUCACUAAAUUUAACAAUAAUUCGUUGACUGAUAUAAGGAUUUUAACUAAAAUGUUUGAUAAGUUUGUGAGAUUCAAGCAAUUGCAACAGCAAUCUUCAAAUAAGGGAGGUGUUCAUACUACCCCAAGUUUUGUUUCGUCCUCGAAUAUUUCCACCACUUCAUCAUCAAGCAUCCCAACCUUAUCUUCACAAGUUCGAGUUCUUAAUUUCAACAAAUUGUUUAGCUCCCAAUAUGGUUGGUAUAUGGCAUUGAGGAUGCCAUUUGCGAAUAUUUAUGAGCACAACACCAAUUUUCAACAUCAGGAAAAGAUUAAUGGGGCAUAUGCAGUGUACAACAUUGAACAAGAACAGACAUCGAAAGUAUCAUUGCAAUCUUUGGAUCUGGGUAGUACUCUUCUUCAAGCUAACUUCUACAAGAAACUUCAAGAGAUUAAUAGUCACAGCCUUUGGCUCAGUUAUCGCUUGAUGACCAAUGAACAAUUUGUUCUGCUCUCGCGAGAGUCACAACGUCAAAAUUCUAACAUACCUGCUAAUUUUCAGUAUUAUUGUGGUACGUUGGCUCAACUAGGAGCAAAUUCGUUUGAUUUGAUUCAUUCUCGUGAUUUACAAUUUCAGGUGACUAGUAACAACAUGAAAACAAUUAUUCGUGAGUUUUACAGAAUUCUUAAACCCGAGGGGGUACUCGAAUGUCCUGUUAUUCAAUACUGUUCUAAGACAGAUAAGCUGCAAUUUUUCAAUAUAUGGGAUUACUUGGGAAUUGAGCUUGAUCUCAACUACAAGAUUAUACCUAACUAUGUGGAAGUGUUAACUAGUGAAUUAGUGGAGGUUUUUGGUUCAGAGUAUGUGAAAAUUGGAGUAGCUCCACUCAAUACAAAGAACGAGAUGAACAUGUAUUUAUUGAAACAUGCGGCAUUACAGGCUUAUGAAGCAAGCGGUCAAUUGAGUGCAUUCUGUGCCAGUCAACGCGAUUUCGAUGAUGUUGAGGGUUCUCAUGUCUUGGUGAGCAUCCAGGCAACGAAAAAGGUUUAA